UCAAAAUCUUAGAAUUUGAACCUUUCACUCUAAAUAAAAUAAAAAUUCCUGAUUCUGAAAAAGUUAACCAAAUAAUUGCUUCAAUCGAUUUAGCGAUAUUAGCAAAUAUUAAAAAGCACACGUUUCUUCAGCUGUCAGAUCUUAUUGCAUCACAUCCUAAAAAAAAUCGUUUUCAAAAAGAACCACGCCCUCAGAAUCCAUUUGUUAUCUUUCGUAUCUUUCGUCGAAAUAUUCAAGCAAAAAUUAAUGCCGAUCUUGGUCCUCACAAUUACAUUAUGUUUCAAAAGUAG